CUCUCUUUCGCUGGAGAAACUCACGCCGUUUCGAUUUUUCCGCGAAAACUCUAUAUUCGCCGCCGGAUCGACUCUGCGCGGGCGAACUAAUACAGUAGAAGACCUUAUCACUAACCUGAUUUCUUUCGUUUGUGUUGUCUCCCUAUAAAAGUGACUUCUUUACUGGAGAGUUUCGGGUUUCGAUUUCUCGCUAAAAGAUUUAGUGGUUGUUUUGGUAGCUGUGGAAAUUUCUGUAUCUGGAUUUGUUUGUUUGUUUCUUCUCGGUAGUUUUUGCUGCUAAGUAGGUCUUGGGUCUGGUUUGAUUUACUGAAAGUUGGCUGAGAAAAAAAAAAGGAAGAGUGAUAAAUAAAGGAGACGAAUCAAAGAGAGGAAAGUGUUGAUGCAAAACGGUUUUGGCAUCUGAUUCUGAAUCGUUUAUCUCGAAAGUCUUCAUUUUUAUUAUUAGUAAUAUAGUUUGGAAGCUAAUUGCUCUCGUGGAGUGAGAUUUUCUGGGUUUUCUAGGGUUUUGUUUCUAAUUCUUAUUGAAUUCAAUAAUGGCGGAAUCUGGCGGGGUGGAUCGAGGGAUUCAGAGCUUAAUAGCUGCAAGAAAGCAUUUGAAAUCGAGCCUAGAGAAAUCUAAAGCCAUUGGUUUUGCUUUGGGGAAAACCGGUCCUAGGUUUGAUGAGAUUGAGCAGAGGUUGCCGUCGCUUGAAGCUGCGGUGAGGCCGAUACGAGCUGAUAGAGAAGCUCUUGUGGCGGUUGGUGGUCACAUUAACCGAGCUGUUGGUCCUGCAGCCGCUGUGCUUAAGGUGUUUGAUGCUGUCCAUGGACUUGAGAAGUCUUUGUUAUCAGAUCCCAAGAACGAUCUCUCUGGUUAUUUAGCCGUUCUGAAGCGUUUAGAGGAAGCAUUGAAGUUUCUAGGGGAGAAUUGCGGGUUAGCUAUCCAGUGGUUGGAAGAUAUAGUUGAGUAUUUGGAAGAUCACAAUGUUGCUGAUGAGAAGUAUCUGUCGAAUCUAAAGAAGUCUUUGAGAGGGCUUAGGGAGUUUCAAGAAAACGGUGGUGGAGAGAAAGAAAAAGCUCGUCUUGAUGGCGGGCUUAGGGAUGCAGCUUUAGACAAGCUGGAAAACGAGUUCCGCAGGCUAUUGAAGGAUAACAGUGUUCCACUUCCGAUGGCGUCUCCAUCGUCGCUCGGCGAACAAGCUUGCAUUGCACCGUCGCAGUUGCCUGUGACUGUAAUCCAUAAACUGCAAGCCAUUCUCGGGAGACUCAGAGCUAAUAACAGACUCGACAAGUGCGUUUCGAUAUACGUAGAAGUGAGGAGCUUGAAUGUUAGAGCUAGUCUUCAAGCACUUGACUUAGAUUAUCUAGAUAUCUCGGUAUCCGAGUUCAACGAUGUGCAGAGCAUAGAAGGGUAUAUAGCUCAGUGGGGGAAUCAUUUAGAGUUUGCGGUUAAGCAUCUGUUUGAAGCAGAGUUCAAGCUUUGCAACGAUGUCUUUGAGAGAGUGGGUUUGAAUGUUUGGAUGGAUUGCUUUUCCAAGAUUGCUGCUCAGGCGGGUAUGCUCGCGUUUCUCCAGUUUGGGAAAACUGUGACUGAUAGCAAGAAAGAUCCAAUCAAGCUUCUGAAGCUGCUAGAUAUCUUUACUUCUUUGAACAAGCUGAGAGCAGAUUUCAACCGUCUCUUUGGUGGAGCAGCUUGUGUUGAGAUCCAAAACUUCACGAGGGAUCUCAUCAAAAAGUUAAUCGAUGGUGCAGCGGAAAUCUUCUGGGAGCUUCUGGUUCAGGUAGAGAUUCAGCAACAACUUCCACCUCCUAGCGACGGUGGUGUUCCUAGAUUAGUCAGUUUUGUAACUGAUUACUGCAAUAAACUUAUAGGAGAUAAGUACAAGUCAACGCUUACUCAGGUUCUGCUCAUUCAUAAGAGCUGGAGAUCGGAAAGGUUCCAAGAUAAUCAGCUUAUGGUUGAAAUUUUGAGAAUAAUCAAAGCCAUAGAGCAGAACCUGGACGCGUGGAUGAAAGCGUAUCCGGAUCAAACGCUUGCUCAUUUCUUCGGUAUGAACAAUCACUGGCAUUUAUACAAGAACUUAAAAGGUACGAGAAUUGGAGAUCAGUUAGGAGAUUCAUGGCUGAAAGAACAUGAUCAGUACAAAGAGUAUUACGCUACUGUCUUCCUUAGAGACAGUUGGGGUAAGCUCCCAAGCCAUUUGAGCAGAGAAGGACUGAUCAUAUUCUCGGGUGGACAUGCAACGGCUCGUGAUCUUGUCAAGAAGAGACUGAAAUCAUUCAAUGAUGCAUUUGAUGAGAUGUAUAAGAAGCAAUCCACAUGGGUUUUACCGGAAAAAGAUUUGAGGGAUAGAGUGUGCCAGCAGAUAGUUCAGGCUAUUGUGCCGGUUUACAGAAGCUAUAUGCAAAACUAUGGGGCAUUGGUUGAGAAAGAAGCGAGUUCAAGCAAGUAUGUGAGAUACACUGUUGUAGCUUUGGAGAAGAUGCUGAGCUCUCUCUACAUACCUAAGCCCAUGAGAUAUGGAAGCUUCAAAGGAACACCGCCGAGUGAGAAACACAAGAACGAUGUGGACCUUAGACGCACUACUUCCGCUGUUGUCUGAGUGAAACCAUGUUCUGUGCUCAGCUCGAUUGUUGUCUCAAAAUGUGAUCAUAUUGUGUCUGCUCUUCCAUCUCCUGGAAGCAGAGGUACUCUUUAUACGUAUAUAAAUACUGUCAAUCCGGUAUAGCUUUUUUAGUCGUCAUUGAUCAAGUCCCCUUAGUUCAUUAAUCUCAUAAGAUUUCAUGUUAGGGAUCAAGCGGGUUUAGAUUUAUUUUAUUUAAUGUGUUAACCAGAAGAACAGGAUCAUAAAAUGUGGGAAUUGUCCCUUUGAUUCUUGUUCUCAGUGUUGUGACUUUUUUUUAAUGAAUUUUAAGACAAUAAAGUAAGAUGC